GGAGGAGGAGCGGGAGGAGGAGGUCGGAGGAGGCAGUCGGGAUCGGGGGAGAGAGGUGGCGAUCGAUGGAGGGAAGCCGGGAUCGGGGGAGAGGUGGGGAUCGCGGAGUGGGGGGAGGGACGCAGAGAUCCGGAAGAAGGUCGGGGAAGGGGGGCCGGAAGCAAGUCGGGGAAGGGAGGUCGGCGGACCGAGGUAGGCAAAGGGAAGUCGGAGUAGGGACUUGGAGUAGGGAGGUCAGGGGAGGGAGGGGAGUCAGGAUGGGAAGGGAAGUCCUCGGAGGGGGGUCAGACUCUGUGCAGCGAGGGAAGUCGAGAUGGGAAGUGGGGUCGGGGGAGGGGGGUUGGGGAGUGGAGGUCGGCGGAGGCAAGUCGGGACAGGGAAGUCGGGACAGGGAAGUCGGGGCAGGGAAAGGCCGACGGGGGAGGGGGGCGGGCGUACGCGCGGACUCACAGAGUGAAGUAUCGGUUAGGGAGGGAGGGGACAAACCGCUGUGGGGGAAUCCAAGCUCGACGGGGUACCAUCGUAGAAGGUGGGGGCGAACGGAAGGCGGGUGCAGACGAUCUCCGUGGGUGGGACGUGGGACACGAUGGAUGCGUGCCGAUGCGUGCCUGUGGCGAACGUACGGAGAAGAGGGGCGGGGGAGGAAGAGGCGGUGGGUGGGGCGAAGAGGGAGGAGGGGAAGUCGGGAUGAAGAAAUGGGAUCGGAGAGGGAAGUCGAGAUCGGGAGGCAGAGGUGGGGAUCGAUAGGGGGAAGUGGGGAGAAGGAAGCCGGGAUGGGGAGGGAAAUCGCCGGAGGGAGGCCGGGGGAGGGAGGUCAGAGGAGGGACUCGGGAUCGAGGGAGAGAGGUGGGGAUCGGUGGAGGGAAGCCGGAAUCGGGGGUGAGGUGGGGAUCGGGAAGUAGGGGGAGAGACGGUGGGAUCCGGAAGGAAGUCGGGGAAGGGAGGUCGUGCAGCGAGAUAGGCAAAGGGAAGUCUGAAGUCGGAGUAGG